UUUCCUUUCUGACUUUGCCGUCGGGUUGCCGCAGAGAUGAGCAGCAAAGUUUCUCGUGAUACGCUUUAUGAGGCAGUGAGGGAAUUACUCACAGGGUCAAAGAGGAAGAAGAGAAAGUUUUUGGAGACAGUGGAACUGCAGAUCAGUCUAAAAAACUAUGACCCCCAAAAGGACAAGCGUUUCUCUGGCACCGUCAGGCUAAAGUCAACCCCUCGCCCUAAGUUUUCAGUGUGUGUUUUGGGAGACCAGCAGCAUUGCGAUGAAGCAAAGGCAGUAGAAUUACCCCAUAUGGAUCAAGAGGCCCUAAAAAAGCUGAACAAAAACAAGAAGCUAGUAAAAAAGCUUGCUAAGAAAUAUGAUGCAUUCCUGACCUCAGAGUCUCUCAUCAAGCAGAUCCCUCGUAUCCUGGGACCUGGGCUGAACAAGGCUGGCAAGUUCCCCUCUCUGCUCACUCACAACGAGAACAUGGUUGCAAAGGUGGAUGAAGUGAAGUCCACUAUUAAGUUUCAAAUGAAAAAGGUCCUGUGUCUUGCUGUUGCAUGUGGCCAUGUAAAGAUGAAUGAGGAGGAACUUGUGUACAAUAUUCACCUGUCUAUUAACUUCCUUGUGUCUCUCCUGAAAAAGAACUGGCAAAAUGUGAGGGCUCUGUACAUCAAGAGCACAAUGGGGAAACCACAGCGUCUGUACUAAUUGACAGAUUCCAAUAAAGUUUCUUAUCAAAGAAAAAAAAAAAAAAAAA